AUGUCCAAACACAUGAUGAAACCGAUCGACCUGAGAAAAUUAGCGAAGAAUUUUUCAGACGAAAGAUCUAAAGAAGAUCGACAUUGGCAGAGAAAUGAUGCUAAGUUUCGUGCCGUUCAUCAACGAUGUGCAACCUACGAUGAAUUCAAGCAAAUUGUUGAAGCGGCACAUCUACGUCCACUUGAUCGAAAUGAAACGUUAACUUUAGAACGCCGACCGAUUUCUUGGAAUCAACCAGCUACGAAAUCUUCUUCACUAUCCUCAUCUCCCAAUGCUUCCGUACAAUCCAAGUCCUCGUCAGUUCAUCAACAAAUAACAUUUACUGCGCCUAAAAAUAUUACCGAAUUUAUUCAACAAUGGCGGCGCAUCACUGAUGACAUGAAACUGGAAUAUUUAUCGAUGAUAAGUGACUUAGAGCGCCUGUUUCAAGCAGAUAUACCUGCGGAUCUAUUACAUGAAUUACCUUUGCUAUACCAAUACAAUGCAAUCGAGAAGAAUGCAGAACUUGUUACUAAUGUGUUAUUCAGUUUGAGUCAAUCCAAACGCUUUGAACUAAUCAAAAGUUUUCUCACGGAUAAAGACAAAUACGAACUUAAUCUGUUAUUUUCGCGACUUUGUUCAUUUGCUAAUUUACGUUUUUCUGUAUAUCUAUUGAAAGAAAUGUAUUUUACCGACUAA